CUUCCGACCCGGAAGUACACUAAGCGCAUUCACGCUUCUAGUGUGCGGACCCCUGUUUAGAAGAGAAACAUAUCAGAUAUCAGACAAUAAUGAGUGAAAGAACAUCAAGGAGUCACCUGUUGUAAAGCCUCAUCCUCAAGGUUUCAGAUGCAAUAUAACUACAACCGAUACUGAAACUAAGAUUUAUUUUUAAAUCAAAAUUUGUCGGUGUACAAAUAUGUCAGGGCUUAUGUUAAACAUAAUUUGUGAUCCCAGUCAAGGAGGCAAAUCAGAUAAAUCUAAAGGAAAACACAAACGUUUCCUUGGAAAGAGACGUUUUCUGGAACGGAAAGGUUAUUUAAAAGAUAAACUAAACAACAAGCAAAAUGAAAAGAACAAUAAGAGAAAGAGAAAAAAUCAGUGGCACGCACAGAGCAAUGGAGAGUAUCAAUCAAAACCAGGUGCUAUUUUUCCUCAGUUUACCACCACUCUGCCUGAUAAGACAAAUGAGCCUUCCUGUUCCUCACAAACUCUUUGUCAGAAACCCACAUCUUCCGUUUCAUCCACUGGCUGCACAUCUCAGGGUAAACAAACUCACAGGGUGGUGCCUGGCACUGUUGGACCUUUAAAAUACUUAGCAAUUGACUGUGAGAUGGUGGGAACAGGACCAAAGGGGAGCAUCAGUGAGCUCGCCCGCUGUAGUAUCGUCUCCUACAACGGUGACGUUAUUUAUGAUAAAUUCAUCAAACCUAUGAACUUUGUAACAGAUUUCCGUACACGCUGGAGUGGUAUCAGGAAGCAGGACCUACGCAAUGCCACACCCUUCUAUCAGGCACAGAAAGAGAUUGUGAAGAUAAUGACAGGGAAAGUGGUUGUGGGCCAUGCCAUCCAUAAUGACUUCAAGGCCUUAAAAUAUUUCCACCCUGCCUGCCAAACACGAGAUACCUCACGGAUUCCACUGCUAAAUCAGAAAGCUGGACUGCCUCAGUAUGAAACUGCAUCUCUAAAGAGGCUCACCAAGGCUUUCUUCAACAAGGACAUACAAACAGGGAAGGGAGGCCACUCAUCCGUGGAAGAUGCCAAAGCCACUAUGGAACUCUACAAAUUAGUGGAGGAAGAAUGGGAACAAACACUGGUUUUUAAUCCUGUAUGCUAGAAAUGAGCAAUGGAUGUUGCUCUGAAUCAGAAAAAAACCCCUGUAUGAAACAGGAAUCUUUUCAUAUCCAUGCCAAUCCUGUUAUUUUUCUAUCUUUUAAUAUUUUAAAAACAAGACUUUUUACAUUCAAACCUCUCAGCUGCAGUGGUUGGGUUUGAAAUCCACUAGGGGGCUCUUCAGUUUCUGUACAACACAAUAUUUUAACUAAUUUUAAACUUAUUUUCCACUUUUAAACAAUAGUUAACUAUCUAAAAAUUCCAUACACUUAGGUUGAAGUCAAUAAAACUCAUUGGACAAUGUUCUGGAUCUUUUUUUGAGUCCCCGUUUAGAAACUCAAGUAAAACUGAGUUUAGAGUGUUUCCAGUA